GCUGCUGCUGAGAAGCGUCACUCCACACGCACCGGCUGUCCUGCACGCAAAGGGGCACACGCAACUGACACAGCCCGCUUCAGUAUCCAGUGUCGAGGGAUUCGGGUGUCUUGUGUUUAGUGAAGUUGUUCCCGUGUAGAAUAAUCGCCAACUGUCGUCUCGUCGUGCACAAAAAUGAUCAAGAACGGGCACCACCACCACCAGAUGAACACAGCAGCCGGGAAAGACGCAGGGACGAUCCCCGGCACUGCAGCGUGCAGCCCGGAGAAGAGGAGGCGAAGCAUCCGGGUGUGGUGUGAUGGAUGCUAUGACAUGGUCCAUUAUGGUCACUCCAACCAGCUGCGACAGGCCAAGGCCAUGGGAGAUUACCUCAUCGUUGGAGUACACACAGACAGUGAGAUAGCAAAGCACAAGGGUCCGCCAGUCUUCACUCAGGAAGAAAGGUACAAGAUGGUGCGUGCCAUAAAAUGGGUGGAUGAGAUAGUGGAGGGAGCACCGUAUGUCACCACCCUGGAGACUCUAGACAAGUACAGCUGUGACUUCUGUGUACAUGGAGAUGAUAUAACGCUAACAGUGGAUGGAAAGGACACAUAUGAAGAGGUGAAGAAGUCAGGACGAUACAGGGAAUGUAAGAGAACCCAGGGAGUUUCUACCACAGACCUGGUCGGCAGGAUGCUACUCAUGACCAAAGCGCACCACAGCAACAUUGACAGUUCAGACUAUCAGCAGCACACAGACAACUUUGGAAAGAAGGGCCACAGUCCGUGGACAGGGGUAUCUCAGUUCCUGCAGACAUCCCAGAAGAUCAUCCAGUUUGCCUCAGGCCAGGAGCCUCAGCCCGGAGACACUAUCAUCUAUGUGGCAGGAGCCUUUGACCUCUUCCACAUUGGCCAUGUGGACUUCCUGGAAGCAGUGCAUAAGCUCGCAGAAAAGCCAUAUAUUAUAGUGGGGUUGCACUUUGACCAGGAGGUGAAUCGCUACAAAGGGAAAAAUUACCCCAUCAUGAAUGUCCAUGAAAGAACACUCAGUGUCCUGGCUUGUCGAUAUGUGUCUGAAGUGGUGAUUGGUGCACCUUUUGCAGUCACAAAAGAUUUACUCGACCAUUUCAAGGUGGAUCUUGUAUGCCAUGGAAAGACAGAGAUAUACCCUGACAAGGAUGGAUCUGACCCCUAUGCUGAGCCCAGGAGGAAGGGUAUCCUGCGUACUGUUGACAGUGGGAACAGUCUCACUACGGAUGCCAUUGUGCAAAGGAUAAUCAAAAACAGGUUGCUGUUUGAAGCAAGGAACCAGAAGAAAGAGGCCAAAGAGAUUGCAGUGAUCCAGGCCAUGAAGCGACAAGAGGAGGAAAAGACUAAAGAAAGAGCCCAGGCUGUACUGUAGGGAGGCCCCAGAUAAAUAUCAUAAGUGUAGUGUCAACAGACAUUGACGAAUCCAAUCCAUCUAAACUCCCACACAGUAAAAUCCUCCUCAUGAGUGUUGUGGCACUCUCCACACACUGUCCUUACUGUCAGCAGUCCUGAAAGCAACCCUUUUGUUGUAAGAGGGUGGCUUAGUUCUGCUGUGGGAUCAUCAGGUAUAUGUGUGGGCAAGGAUGACUUUAACAUGCUGCAUAUAUGCAAAUACAUGUCAUUCCAAUCUGUGUCAUUGAACAAAUCAACCAUACAGACAUCUAGCUGUCCACGCAGUUAUGGAAAGCUCAAUCAUACGCCCAGACUGUAGAAGAUAUUUCCAUGUCUUCAACUUCAACCAUGUUUAUUUUGUGUCUUUAGACAUUGUUCACUCCUCAAGUACUUUUACUUAUUUGCCUUCAAAAUUGUACAAUUCAUGUCAUGGUUAUUUUUAUUUUAUUUUAUUUUUUUUUUUAUCAUGGGAUUGGAUAUAUGAGAGGCAAAAGGGGGAAACCUGAGAUGUUGGACAAGACAUGGAACCGUUGGUGACCAAUGAAGAGAUAAUUUGCCCUCAUGUGAUGAUGGCUGAACAGCAAACUUUUUGUCAUUUCCUGGGGGUUGUUGCUGCUUUCUGCUCAGCAAUGGGCUUGGCCCCUCAACACACUGUCAGUCCAAUUAAUCUAUGUAUAUAUGUACUGUAUGUAUCUAUUAUAAAUUAAUAACAGGCUCUCUGGAAGAUGUUGAAACCACCGGAGAAUUGGGGGUGAAAACUUCCCUGAAAGCCUUCCAUCGGCUGAGUUCUCAGGAGAAGCUGAGGGUAUAUAUAGUGAGAUAGGCCUGCUUCAGUAAAUGUUAUUAUUAUCUUUUUUAUUUUACCAGAAGCUAAUCACAGCUUCUGUAAUAUAGCCCCAGCAGCUAUUCUCUGCUUCUAACUGGAGUAUUUCAGCCUUUGGAAGUGAAAAAAAGUGUUGAGUAUUUGAUGGGCCAACUUAUGGGACCUCAUGUACAUACCAGACUUUGCUCCAGAAUGCACUGACUGUAAACUGUUGAGACUCAUCAGAACUGCUCUGUUUUAUAGAUGGAGCAGUUUUUUAACUCAAAAAAAAAAAAAAGAAAAAAGAAAAAAAAUGCACAUGAUCAAGACCUGCACACCUGGCCUUUUGAGUGCAAUUGUUUCUUCUUUUUUUAUUUUUUAAACAAGCACUCCUUAAACUUAUUCUAGCAUAGAGCACUAUAGAGGUUUAUCAGAAUGUUUUUAACAUUUAUUGUAGAGUAGAGAACUAUGGAAGAUGUUCAGUGUUGUUGACUUGCUCAUGACGUAGGCCUCUUACUGUCAUUUUUGAGCCCUGAAUAAGUUAAAAUCUAUCUAAUAUUAUAUUUUUUUGUAGAUGUAUAUCUUACAGACCUCCUCUCCAUUAACUCUGGUUGGUUUCAUAUUGUUUCAAAAGCAAAAUAAUAUGUCUGUAUGUCCAGUUGGAAUGUACUCAGUGUAGGCUAUACUCUAUAUGUUAUUGACAACUCCCAAUUGACAAAUACUGUAGAAAUCAUUCAGCCUACAGAAUAAUAUUGCUGACAAUAACAACAACUUCAUCUGGAAAGCUGUGUUUGUCAUCUUGUUUUAACAAAAAUAGAAAAUGCUGCCUUGAUGUCA